AUGGAUGACGGUGAGCUGCCUGCAGGUCAGCCUCAGAUAGAACCUCAAGAUGGGGGUCCUCCCGGCGGCGGCGUGGGGAGCCUAGGGUCACACCUGCCUUCUGCAUCCGACGAGAAUGAGAACCAGCUGGACGGCUGUGGGCAGCACGGCCUGACGGGCAGUGCCGGGGCCAUGGGCAGGCCUGCAGAGGCCGAGCAGGACAGUCUCAACAACAAUGCAGGCUGCACGCCACCCUGGGAGGCGGCCGAGGGGGAGGCCUCGGAGCACGCCGCCUGGGGAGGCCCCGGAGGUGGACAGGACCUCUCGGGGAAGGACACAACAGCCCCUGGAAAUGGAAGCUCAAGAACCACGGGCCCGGCGAGGACAACGCCACCAGGACUUUCCUCGGGAGAUGCCGCACCUGUAAUGCAAGAAGACGUGCUGAGUGCAUUCACACAUGCGGAUGGCGGGGAAGAGUCCGCCAAAGGACAUGCUCACGACCAGCCAGAAGCCCCGACCCCAGCUUUGCAGUCUCUGUUCUCGCUGAUCCGAGGUGAAGUGGAGCAGUUGGACUCGAGAGCACUUCCCCUCUGCCUUCAUCAGAUAGCGGAGUCCUAUUUCCAGGAGGAGGACUAUGAGAAAGCAAUGAAGUUCAUUCAACUUGAGCGCCUGUAUCAUGAGCAAUUGCUUGCAAACCUUUCUGCAAUUCAAGAACAAUGGGAAACAAAAUGGAAAACUGUGCAACCACGUGCAGUCACGUCUCCAAGGAAUUCAGAGAGGGGAUUUAACGGUGAAGAUUUUGAACGGCUAACCAAAUUUUGCGCAACACAUCAAGACCCUCUUCCAUCCGCAUACAAGACGGCAGCUGCGGAGCCGGCCCUGGGGAGGCAGCGCGUGGCCACGUCGGUGGAGCCUGGGGGUCCCCUGGGAAGCGAAGUGGCAGCCCCGGCGCCCGAGCGUGGAGCGGGGCCUGGCAUGGAGCCACGCGCAGAGAGCCCGCGGAGGGCGGACCCCCCCACCCCGGGGAGCGGGACGGCCGCCGCGGGCCCGGAGCGCCCCGCCCCGGAGCUGCCCGCCCGGCCCGCCGGCCGGCUGUCUGCCCAGAGCGCCCGGGAGGACCCGGAGGACUGGGAGGACGGCGGCUGCCCGCAGCCGGCGCCCCCGGAUGCCUGCGGGGCUGCAGCCCAGGCCGAGGGCCCCUCCGAAGACUCCGAGGCGCCCCUCGCCAGCAGGGCAGCGACCGCGCCCCCGGUGUCCGUGGGCUCCGAGCCGACGCCCCCUGCCCCGGGGGCUCACCCCGCGGGCUCCGAGCCGACGCCCCCUGCACUGGGGUCUCCCUCCGAGCUGACCCCCCCUGCACCGGCAGCUCCCUCCGAGCCGUCACCCCCGGCCCCGGCGUCAGCGGGCUCGGAGCUGACCUCCCCUGCACCGGUGACACCCCCAGCCCCGGGGGCUCCCCCCUUGCCGGCGCCCAGGAAGGAGCUCCAGCUGCCGCUGGCAGAUGCCCCUGGGGCGGCGCCCGCAGACCGCCCUGCGCCCCCGGACCUGGAGGAGCCGCCGCAGCCGGAACCCGCGGGCAGCGACGGGGGGCCCGGCGGGGGCGGCCUGAGCGCAGAGCCCCCGGAGGGGUGCGCGGCCCCCGCGGGGCGGGGCGGCCCGGACCCCCGCGUCAGCCGGGAGGCGGAGGACUACCUGAGCAGCCUGCUGCAGGGCUGCCUGCUGGAGGGAGACCUCCCGGACCUGUCCCCCGACCUGUCCCCCGACGAGGCCUCCUACAGCCUCCAGGACGACCCGCCCUCCGACGGCAGCCUGUCCCCCGACGACCUGGCCCCCAGGAUCCAGAUCGCCGAGGUGGUUCCAGCCGCGGGCCUGGUCUCCAUAUUGAAGAAGAGGAAUGACGCAGUAGGAGGCCCCGCCCAGAUGCAGCAGAAGCCGGCCAAGCGGAGAGUGCGGUUCCAGGAAAUAGAUGACAACUUGGACCAGGAUGAGCCCGGAAGCGGCUCCUGCCUCCUGCUGGUCCUGCUGUGCAUAGCCACGGUGCUCCUGAGCGUCGGGGGGACGGCGCUGUACUGCGCCUUCGGGGACCUGGCGUCCCCCGUGUGCACGGACUUCGCCCACAACGUGGACUUCUACUACACGAAGCUGCUGCGGGGCGUGGCGGGGCUGAAGCACUGGGUCUACCUCUCCUAG